CGAUCAUCUAUGCUCCUGCUGUUGCAAAGCUGUGCGAGUAUGGUUUCUGUAAAGUUGAAUCUUAGACUGAGUAAUCUGCAGACUAAGGAGAUACAGGGAUUUACCGAGAAGGAGUUGCCUAGGUAGUGAAGAUGCGGGUGAGGCUAUGGGAGAAUUCUAUCACCUGUUGUGAUGGAAAUUAAAGGGGUACCUAAGGUGGAUGAGGUAUCACAGAAAAUAAGGAGUAUACAGUAUGACGGGUUGAGCAAUAUGCCAUAUACGCAAGUAAAGAGAGCAGACAAAGCUAAUCUUACGAAGAGCGGUGCUAUCUCUAUCAAUACUUUGAUGAUCUAAUGGAGUAUAAGAUUAUGGUAUGGUCUCAUGUUGACUUAGGUUUAAAGAAGUCAAUUUAUAAGUACUGUUUACCGUAUUAGAUUGUAAAGCGGAUACACUCAGAACAAAAGAAUUUC